AUAUACAUAUAUAUAUAUAUACAUAAUUUUAUUAUGACGGGGAGAUAUCACAGUUCUUCAAAUAUACAUAUAUAUAGAUCAUUUUCAUAGAAUUGCAUUUUUAUUCAAUUUCUUGUUUUUAUUAUGGGCAAGCUUAUAAAAGAAUGAGAGAAGAAAAAAUAACUCAUGAUUCCGUAUAAAUAUGAGAAUUAUUUAAACUACUCGAUAGUCAUAAGAGUAUAUUAUUAAGCAGCUGAGUGCAAUGUGUUCCACGUGUAUUUUAAGCAACAAAUGAUUGCUUUGGUGUGCGCCUUAAAUAAAAGUAACGCAAAAGUGGAUCUUUGAAUAUUAAGAGAUAUCCACAAAAGAACAACAUGAUGAUAAAAGAAGUUUAAAAUAAUUAUUACAAUAAAAAAGAUUUCAGAUAUGAUAUUGGACAUUGCAAUUUAAGCUUUUUCUUUUUCUUUUCUUUUUUUUCUUUUUUCUUUUCCUUUUUUUUUUCCUUUUUUUUUCUUUUUUUGGUGGACACGAAAGAUUUAAUUUGACACUAAUUUUACAUUAGCAAAUGAAAACUAAUUUCUUACUCCCAAUUGCUCAUAUAAAAAUGCUUGAGAUAUAAUAGAAUACAAAACGUGAAAGAACAAUUUUCAAUAUGACAUGUACGCAGUAAAAACUCAUGUAUUUUUUCAAGUAUUGUACAUUAUUCUAUAAAUAUUAGUUAUAUAAAUUAUAAAUAAUAAUCGGACUAUAUGCAUUAUAAUAGUAAUUAUUAUUAUGAUAACAUCAAGCGUAUAUUAUACGCAACGUAUUAUUAUUAUUAUUAUUAUCAUCAUUAUUAUUAUUAUUAUCAUUAUUACUAUUAUUAAUUAUUAAUUAUUAUCAUUAUAAUAAAUGAUUUUAAAUAACGACGAAAAGGUUAUUGAAUUCUUAGCUUCUGUUAUCCUUUUUUUUUAUUGAGAAUGUUAGAAAAAAAUCGAACCAAAGAUAUUUACUCUACGUCAGUAAUUUUGGAUUUUUUCAACCGCAAGAAUGUACAAUGCUUGCUAUAGUGUAUUAUAUUCAUUAAAGAAUAAAACGUAUUUAUCACCGUUUGCGAUUGUGCAAAUCAACGAUAUUCUACUGUCAACUUGUAUUUUAUUUAUAAAAUUUCAAUAAGUAAAACAAAUUUUUAGUUUAUUUACUGUUAAUAUAAUAAAGUGAUAUUAAAAAUUUUUUUAAACUAAUAAAUCAUAUUUCUAAUUUUAACAAUAAAACGACAGUUAAAUAAUAUUCAAAAUAAAGAAACAUUAAAUUUAAAAAAUAUCAUGGAUUCUUAUGGCUGCGGAUGUAAAAAUGUUAUUAUCAUAGAAGGAAUAUUUGGAGAAAUUUAUCCUGAUUUAUCAUGUUACAAAGGAGAGGAUUUGAAAUAUAAUCAAGAAUCUUUUGAAUCUCUAAUCGAAGAUAGUAAUGAAGGUUUCAAUGAAUUAAAGCCUAUAAUUGUUAAAUCUUAUACCAUGAUAAAUAAUAAUCGAAUGGAAGUUACUGUUAUCACAUGGGGUGCAUCUAUUGUAUCUCUUAAAUGUCCUGAUAAAUUUGGUCAUAGUACAGAUGUUGUUCUUGGUUUUGAUGAUUUAAAAAGUUACAUGAAUCCUGUACUUAAUCCAUUUAUCGGAUGUGUAUUAGGCAGAUGUGCAAAUCGUAUUAGAAAUGGUUGUUUUAGUAUUAAAGAUAAAGAUUAUGAAUUAACUAAGAAUGAUAAUAACCAUCAUUUACAUGGAGGGGCAAAUGGAUUUGGUCGACAAAUUUGGAACUCACAUAUUGAUGACUGUUCUGUUGUUAUGAGUUAUUUAAGCGAAGAUGGAGAAGAAGGAUAUCCAGGUGCAGUCUUAGCUACAGUCAGAUUCAAAUUAACACCUGAUAAUAAAUUGGAAAUACAUAUGCGUGCAACAACAUCUAAAUCAACUAUAAUAAAUAUGUCACAUGGUUCUUUGUUUAAUCUUGCUGGACAUGAUGCUGGUGAAGUAGAAUUAAGAAAACAUAAAAUAUUGUUGAACUGUGAUCGCUGGACUUUUUCAGAUUACUCAGAUUCUAUACCAACAGGAGCUAUCAGAGGAGUAGGUGGAACAAUUAUGGAUCUUCGUAUACCAAGAAUUUUGGGAGAAUAUAUGGAGAAAGUUCCUCCAGGAGAAGGUUUUGAUCACAACUUUUGUGUAACAAAAAAUUGGCAAUCUGAUAGUUCAUUCGUUGCUCGGGCAUUACAUAUGAAAUCCGGACGUGUUCUAGAAGUCUACUCAAAUCAGCCUGGUCUUCAAUUUUAUACUGGUGGGCGUUUGUUACAACAAUUUACUCCUUCCACAUUUGUAACAUAUGAUCAUUGCGUACAUCAACAAAAGUUAAAGACAGAUGAAGAUAUUAACAAUUAUUUGAGUACAAAUGAAGAAAAUAAAGAAAAUGGAGAGGAAUUGUUAACACCUGAUGUAAAACCACUUCAGUUUCUUACAGGAAAAAAAGGAGCACAUUAUAAAAAGAAUUGUGCUUUUAGCAUUCAACCUCAGAAUUAUCCAAAUGCUAUUAAUUAUGUAUGUAAAUGUUUAUAUGAUGAUACUAUAAUCUAUUUUACUAUAAUGACAAAUACAUUUUUUAUUUUUAUUUUUAUUGUUAUGAUAAAUAUAUUUUUUUUUCAGGCACAUUUUCCAUGUGCAAUUCUGUAUCCAGGUCAAGUUUAUUGUCAUGAUCUCACAUAUAAGUUUGGAAUACAACUUGCUAAUUAUAUGUAGAUAUGGAAAUAUAUAACAUACAAAAAAAUAAAUAAAUAAAAUUAAAAUAGGUAAAAAAAUAUACUCACGUGUAUGUAGUAUAAUAAAUUACAAUACACUGAUAAUACAUCUAAGUAUUUCUUUUUCUUGCAGCAAAAAAUUUAGCUACUGCACCUAUUGUAUUUCCAAAUGAAUAGCUGACCGUCAAUGAGCGCUGAAUCCAUCGAGGCAGUGCCUGAAUCUUGUAACGGUAACGUAUAUCAACUAAUAUUACACUUGAAUAAUCGUUGAUGUGACGUACAGCUCGUCCAAUACAUUGAUUUACUGCUUUCAUGCAGGAAUUGUUAUAGAAGUUCUGUCCAGCAUCUGAUUUCUAUUUAAAAAUAUUUUUUAAGCAAUAUGAUAACGUGUUUAAAUGUAUUUAAAAAUUAAUUUUAAAAUGAAAAUUAAUACAUACAACAUUUUCAUUUAAAUAUUUGAUCUUUUCUUGUAAUUCCAUUGAUUUAAUAUUAGGAUAUGGCAUUCCAAUAAUAAUAAUACAUCUUCCCAAAUCAUCAGAAAAAUUUAAUCCUUCACUUAGCUUGCCACCUAAAACAAAAUGCAUACACAAUGCAUAUCUAUAUAUUUGUAAUUUGAUGUUAUAAUAAUUAAUUGUGCAUAAUAGAGUAUAUUCUAUUACCGAUAACGCUAAAUAAUAAUGAUCCAUUUUGUGGAUUUUGCGGAAAAUUUAUGCUUCGUGCGUAUUGUUCUAAAACAUCAUUAACCUGAAAAAAAAUAUAUAUUAAAAAAAAAAAAUAAAAAAAAAAAAAAAAAAAAAAAAAAAAAUCUGUUAAUAAACAUAUACCUGAGAUGUUGAUUUCGGUUCGCGGAAGAUCUGUUUUUUUAAGCGAAUUUUAUUUAUUACACCAGAUUUAUAUAAAUGUUCAUACACUAUAUUUUCAUAAUCAUAAGAUGGUAAAAAUACGACAAUACCGGCUGGUAUAACAUUACAAAAAUUUAUCAACAUUCUUCCUAAUUCAUCUAACUGCAAAUUUAAAAAAAUCAUAAUUAUAGAAAAUAAUACAAAUAACCUGUAAAAUCUAUUAUAGUAGUAUACACGUACUAGUUUUGUAUUUUGUCUAUUUUUAAAAUUAAAUUCAAAUUUUUCACCAGUUGGACCACAGGUGAGAAUAUUGGAUAUAAUAUUUUCUGGAGGUAUUACAUGAUCACAGGAAAAUGUUAUAAUUCGUUCCGGUUUUACGCCAGCUGCCAAAAAUAAUUGUUCAGUAAAUUCAGAUACAGGUUCCAUGGUUCCACCAGUUAAUAUUAUGGCUCUGGCUUCUGUUACUAUCAAAAAAUAAAAUAUCUUUAGAUUUAAUAUUAUUUAUGUUAACAAAAAGAAAUGUAUAUACCAUAUAUACAUACCAACAUCAUGAAAGUGAGCUGCUGGAUUUAAUAAAAGGAAUUUUAAAAUUCCCUGUUCAAUGGUAGGGCCAGGUAUAACAAUUAUACGCCCAUCAGCACAAUUAUUUUCCAAACAUUCUAAAAAGCUAAGAAUUAAUGUUAAUGGACUAUUUAUUUCAUCUUCAUUUUGUCUUACUUCUGAGGAUAUCAUAUUCUCUUCCUUAUUAACAUUACUAAUUGACUUUAAGAACUGAGUAAUGCCAGAUUUAUUCUUGUUACUUUCUUGUAUUUUAAUAUCAUUACCAUAUUGAUCUAUGAAACCUCUCAAUUUAUGAAUAAGUUUAGAUUUUUUCACAAAACUGAUUAAAUCAAAGAUAUUCAAAGUAUCAAUUUCGGUUGUUCUUUCAAAUUCCUGUAUUGUGUAUAAUUUUGAUGAUAAGUCACCAUUGAUAUUAUCAGUUAGAAGAGAUUUUUUUGUAGCUUCAAAAAUAGUUAAAAACUUUUUCAAACAGAAGCUUAAUUGAUUUAAAUGAAGUACGUUUUUAGCAUUGAAUAAAGCUUGAUAUCUGAAAUAAAUCAUUUUAAUGCAUAAAUAAUAAUAUAUAUAAGAUAGUAUUAUAUUAUAAUUUCACAAUUAUAUAAAAUACAUUUAAGUAGAAUAUAAAAUGUAAUACUUUUUCUGAUACUGUGACAAUUGAUUACAAGCAUGAAGUAUAUUUCUUCCUGUAAUUGCAGCACUGUACAUUCUUUCAAUAGCUUCAAGUAAAUUAUGAGCUUCAUCGAUUAUUAAAAUAUUUCCUUUAAUAUUUAUUCCUGAGCUAAUCCUUGUAUUCUUAUGUAAAAUGGAAUUGUACGGUACUAAUAUUAAUUGGCCUUCUUGAAUAGAUCUUCUUACAGUAUAAUAUGGACAGGUACUAAGUUCUUCUCCUUUUUGUAUAAUUUCUUCAAUAUCAUGAAUAUCCGAUAAUAAUUCAGCCAUCAAUGAUUCAUGAUUCCCUGGUAAAAAUGGACAACUGUUUGUUGUUUUUAAUUUUUUAAUAUGUUUUUCUUCUUUACACGUAGUUUUUUUUCUUUGUAAUUGUAAGCACCGUUCAUUGAUAAGAUUAAUAUGUUUCAAUUUCUUUACAUUUUUGUUAAUACAAUAAUUAUGCCUAAAAUAAAUUAAAUUAUUUAUUUUAAUUUAUAUAAUAUGAUGAUUAUUAAAUACAAAAAUUACCUAGAAGCUAAUGUAACUACAGCUACAUUCUCUGAAUAAGGACUUCUUUUUAAUUCUUUAACAAAUUGAGAGAGUUGUGAAUGAGUUCUUGAACAAAAAAAAAUUUUUGUGUGGAAACUUUGUUGUUCCUCUUCUUCUUCUUCUGCUGAAUUUUCUGAAUCCGAUAAUUCAUCUACCAGUAAUAACUCUUUAUCUAUUUCAUCAUUCUGUGGAUCUGCUGAUACAUUAUCAUCUUUUUCUGUAUCAGAAGGCUUUGAUUUUAACUUAACAUAUGCCUUCUUUUCUUUAGUAUUCUUCUUUUUAAUUCUUUCCUUAUAUUGUUGCAUUUUCUUUUCAUAUUUAGAAAUAGCAUCUAAUUUAGACUGCAGUUCUCUUUUUUGAAGAUUAAAUUCCAUUUGCUCUGUUUGACAUAAAAACCAAUCAUUGGAGGUAGCUUCAAUCAUUUUUAUCUUAUUAUCUAAGUCAUUAAUUUUGGAAUUAAGUUCUUCUUUCUGUAAUUUUUCAUGGUCUAUUAGCCAUUUUAAGGCACCACAAAUGAUAGAUAAUGAUUUUCCUGUUCCCGUUGGACUUUCAAAUAUUCCCAGAUUACCAUUUUCAAUACAUUUAUAUAAUUCCUUCAUAAAUUCUUCUUGUAUUUUGUACGGUGUGAAGGGAAAUGGAAAUGCAUCUGGAGUUUCCAUAUUAUACGUAUAUUGUUAUUUAAAUGCACUUAUUAAAAACAUAUAAAUUACAUAUACAACUGUAAUAUUAAAAACUAAAAUCUAACACCCACUUCGUUCUAUAUUAUACAUUUCAAAUAUUUAUAACUUUUCAAUAUAAAAAUAUACUUUAAUUUUCUGACAUAUCCUAUUUUAUAAGAAGAAUAUGGUAUUAGUCUACAUAAAAGAAAAAAAGAAGCAAAAACACAAAACAAAUUUCAUACAAUUCCCACCAAAAGAUAAAAGGAAGCAUUUCUAUGAAGUUACUAAAUAACAUUUUUAGUAAUUUCAUAGAAAGUUAUUUGUUAAUAUUGACGAAUGAUAUUGACAAUAAUAAGUGAUAUUUAAUAUAUGUAUAUUAAUAAAAAUUGAUUAUAUAUAUUUUUUUUAUAAUUGAUUAAUCUAUUGCCACAAGCUAUAUAUUUUUAAAUAAAAAUAUGUAAAGGCACAAGUACUAUGUUAGUUAUUUUGUAAUUUCAUAAUUCGAAAAUCGAAUGUCAUCGAUUUCAAUUCUCUCGAAAUAUCUUUAAUCGAUCGGUCGAAAUUUAUAUACUGUAGACAUAUGACGUUCCUUUUCCUUUCUAAACCGGACAAUUUUGUAUUAAAGUAACAAUGGCUCUUAAUUUAACUGUAAAAGUUCAUCCCGUAGUUUUAUUCCAAAUAGUGGAUGCUUAUGAACGUCGAAA